AUGGAGGGCCAGCCGAGCGCCAUCCUCGCCGACGCCGCGCGGGGCCUCCCCCGCGCGGCGCAGAAGCUGCCCGACGACGCAGGGAAGGACAAAAGCAACGGGGGCAAGAUCCCCGUACCCGUCUUCGAUGGCACGAGUAAGACCAUGAAGAAGCACCGCCGAGAGGUCGCCACCUGGCAGAUCGGGACCGAGGUCAAGCCGCCCAAGCAGGGAUCGACCUUGCUGGCCAGCCUGAAGGGCAAGGCCGAGGAGGCGUGCGAGGAGCUCGACUUGGACGCCAUCAAGGGCGACGACUCGGUGGAGGUGUUCCUGGAGUACCUCGGGAAGCGCUUUCCCGAGAUCGAGGUGCUGGAGACCCCAGCGCUGCUGGAGACCUUCGUGCGCCCGGCCUGCGUCCGGCACAAGUACGAGGAGAUCUGCGACUACAACAGCCGCUUCAAUGGGAUCGCCACCAAGCUGAAGGCCAAGGGCAUCCAGGUGCCCGACGAGGUCUUGGCGGACCUGUACAUCAAGGGGGCCCGCCUGCCCCCGGAGCGCGCGGCGAGCGUGCUCAACGGUGUGGGCAGCCAGUUCAACCCCACCAAGAUUCAGGAGCAGUUGAUGAUCAACUUGCCCAAGGUAUCGGUCGUGGACGGCAACAAGGACAGCCACGACAAAGGAGGCUACGGAGGUCACAAGAACAAGGACCACAAGCGGGCGUACGCCACGGAGACCUACGAGGAGGAUCGUAGGGCCGAGUUCGACGGCGCGUCCUCAGACAGCUCCGACGACUACGAGGACGAGCUGCCCGACGAGCUGCAGGACGCGUUCGACGAGGCGGAGGAGCAGGUAGCCUUCUUCACCAAGAAGAUGGCGCGCGCCAAGGACAAGCUGAAGGAGGCGAAGCAGGCGCGCGGCUACUUCGCCAAGCGCGACGGCGGCAACCCGCCGAAGAGAGACGAUCCCAAGAUCGCCAAGAUGAAGGCCGACAUCCCGAAGAAGGGAAGCAACAGGACGAACAUCGCCACGCACGAGACCAGUGACGCGCAGGAGCCCCACGUGGCGGAGAUGACGGUCGCGGCGGUCUACCAGCAGGACCAGCGGGCCGCAGCUCGCGACAGGGGGUACGGCGCGCUGCACAGCAUCGACGGGAUGCAGAUGCGCCAGGCCGCCGGGCUACCCGAAGAAGUUACGGCAGCGGCGUUCUUCAUCAAUAAGGACCACCAGUGCCUGAUGGCCGCGACGAGCUCGGCGCUUAUCUACCUCAGCGUCGAGGACCUGCUGAAGGAGUCGGGGGGCAAGCCGACCUUCGACACGGCCUGCGCGCGGUGCGUCGGCGGCCUCGACUGGUACAACGACAUCAAGAAGAGGCUGGCCGCCUUCAACAUCCAGCCCAUCGAGUACCCCGAGAAGGAGCCGUUCCGGUUCGGGGCGUCGAAGGUGGUGUUCAGCCUCAAGGCGGCGCUGAUCCCCUGUUCGGUGAACGGCAAGGCCUUCACCGUCCGCAUGAGCAUCGCGCGCAGCGCCGUGCCAGGACUGUUCAGCCGCAAGGCCCAGGGCGAGCUGGACACAGUCUACCACGCCGGAGACAACAAGCUGGACAUCAAGUCGAUCGACGAUCACGGCAUCCAGAUGGGCCUGAGCCGCGCCGGACACCCGACGCUGGACAUCACAGGCUUCACGCCGAGCUACAAGCCCGUUUCGGACGUCUCGGAUACCAAGGCCGAAAUUCGCCUCCACCCUUGCGCUUCUUACCACGCUGAGACAGCUGUGGCCAGCGCCGCCAAGCCGGCGGUGCCCGAGGCUCGCCACCAAGGGGUCGCCUCGGAGGCCGACGAGUCUCAGUCGGACACUGACUGCGACGCGCUCGAUAGCGCCGAACUGUUUGAGCAGCAGGUGCGCCAGGCCAUCAUGCGGAUGCCGGAGCUGCAGGCCGAGGUGGCAAGCUACGACUUGGAUGUGCGCGACGCCACGUGCGACCAGCUCCGGGUGAUCUUGCGUGCGCUGAGGGCCGAGGGCCGCGAGAGCACGCCGCAGGACGAGUACAUCCCGGGGCUUGGCAAGAAGAACAAGGAGGAGCUCCAGCAGCUGUGCCAGGACCGCCAGAUCGAGUUCCACCAGCGCACGACCGUGCCGGAGCUCAGGCAGCGCCUCAAGGGCUGGAAGGUCGAGGACGCGGCCAGCAGUGCCUCGGCAACGGUGGCUCAUCCGAGCUCACAGAUCACCGGGGCCGACAAGAUGCGCUUCGGCAAGUACCCCACGGCGGACUACCGCUGGGUGCUCAAGAACGACCUGGGCUACGCGCAGUGGGCGGUCCUGGAGCUCAACAGCAACCGGGCAAGCCCGCUCCUGGCGCGGUUUGCCAAGUGGGUCAAGGCGCACGGAGUGCAGCCCCUCCCCCCGGAGAAGGCCAAGACCACCUUGGAGGAAGUGAUGGCCGAGGAGGUGGUGCUAGACGACGAGUGGGUGGCGCCAGCGGCGACGACCACGAGGGCCUCAGCAAGCCAGGGGAGCUGGGCCGGGCAUCGGCGCCAGCGUCCUCCGGAGCCGCACGAGAUGGACACCAGCGACAUGGGCUUCGAGAAGGCGGGCGAGACCGACAGGGAGGAUCACCCGCGGCGGCCAGGCAUCAAGAAGGGCAAGCGCGUCGGCCUCCCUGGCCAGGUCACGGGCUUGCUGAGCGCCUUCGCCUUUCAGACAGUGCUCACCGCGGACUGGCUGGCUAGACCUCUCAAGCCAGUGGCGCAGCAUGCUACCAGUGCUGCGCGAGACGUGGUCGACCACGUCCAGGACGUCAAGGAGGCCUACAGCGUUCGCAGCCACCGCGUGGACGUCAUGCAGGUGUUCGGAGGCGAAGGCGGCAUCGCCGAGGCGGCGUGGAAGCGCCAGAUGACGGCCACAGAGGUGAUCGACCGUAAGUACGGAUGGGACUUACGCAAGCAGAAGGACCUCGACGCGACGUACGACCUGCACUACGCCUCAAGGCCGAAGUUCGUGUCAAUCGAGCUACCCUGCACACACUACACGAACAUCAGGCACCUCAACUUUCGGACGCCGAAGGCCAAGCAGGCGCUCCGGCGGAUCUGGAGGGCGGAGCGGCCGUUCCUUUUAUUGGCCCACGACCUCUUCAAGUACCAGCUCGACUCUGGCGACAUGGCCAUGAUCGAGAACCCGGCCACCAGCCGGCUCUGGACACAGCGCGCGAUUUUGGAGCUACUGGCGGAGGAGCGCGCGCACCAGGUGAGGUGCGACAUGUGCGAGUACGGAGCUCGACACUACAAGACGGGGGGACUCAUCAAGCACCCCACGAAGCUGCUCGUUACCCACAAGGAGUUCGAGCAGCUGAAGCGCACCUGCAGCCGCAAGCACCACGACCAGACCUUCGGGGACAACGUGGCGGUGCGCAAGUCUGGCGUUUAUCCUGCUAAGUUCUGCGGAGCGGUGGUGCGCAUCGUGGAGUGGACUGCCAGUCGCACGUCGCCCUUCAUCGUGACAGUGCCCAGGGAGCAGGCCACCGCCUACGUGAACGACACCGCGCCCCUGGGAGAAACGGGCGAGCCUGAUGGGGGCCCAGACCCCAUGGGCGGCGGAGACGACUUCGCCGACACUCACGACGUGCGGGCCGAAGAUACUGUGGACGGCAGGAUCGGGGUCGGCGCGAUUACCUUCACAAAGAAAGCAGCAUCCUGCUGCAAGCCAGCCGAGCUGGCCAUGCUCAAGAGACUCCAUGUCAACUUGGGCCAUCCGUCUACUGAAGAUUUGGGGCGCAGUUUGCGACUCAAAGGCGCUAAGUCGGCCACCGUCCAGGCCGUCAAGGGGCUGAUCUGCGGGGUGUGCCGCUCGCAGCAGCGCCCGAGCGCGAGGAGACCAGCGCACCUCCACUUCGUGCAAGAUUUUGGAGACGACGUCGGCUUCGACUGUUUCGAGCUCAAGGAGUUCGCCGCCGCGUUCGAGGGGUGCUGGGCCUCCUGGGCGGGCGUACCGGACCGAGUCCACUUCGACAUGGAGAAGGGGUUCGGCGGCGCCCUCAGGGAGCUGUUCCAGUCAUUCAACACGGUGCAGCUGCCCAUCGCCGGGCAGGCACAUUGGCAGCUCGGUCGCGUGGAAAGCCAGGGAGCUUGGCGGAAGGAGCUCGCGGCGAGGACGAUCGAGCACUCGUCGAUCAGGGGCGAGGACGAGAUGCACACGCUGGCCAUCAUGGUCUCGGGCGCGAAGAACUCGCUGAGAAGGCGAGCAGGCUUCAGCCCCGCGCAGUGGGUGCCGGGACGCGACCCCAAGAUGCCCGGAGACCUAGUGGACGAUACGGCCAACUACAGCGCCCACAAAGUCGCGGCCAACGACGAGAAGAUUCGCCGACGAUAUGCUAGUCGGACGGCGGCGCGCGAGUCGUUCAUGAGGAUGCAGAACGACGACCAGCUCCGGCGAGCUAUGUUGGCUCGCACGCGCACGGUGGCGACGCCCUUGUCAGUGGGCGAGAUGUGCUACGUCUUCCGCCAGGUCAAGAAGAAGGAGCAGCGGGAGCAGCGCAACCGCAACGCCAAGAAGGGCAUCUGGCGGGGGCCGUGCGUAGUCAUCGGCCACCAAGGCGAGAACACCUGGGUCUCGUUAGGAGGGCACGCCAUGCUGGUGGCCCCGGAGCACAUCAAGGCACUCGCUCCGGACGACGUCUGGUUUCCGAACGGCAGGGACGAGAUCGGUCAGGCCCCCGAGGUCAAGCCAGACGAGAUGGAGCAGGCGUGGCGGGAAUUUAUCGACAACCCGGAAGACAGCGACCUCAGGCUGAACCAAGCUGAAGAAGAGCGAACCUUCGGCCCUGACGAGUUCCGACGACGUCGAGCUACCUUCGACGGAGGGGACAGCGGCGACUUCGGCCCGGCCUUCAAGCGCCUCCAGACCGAGAAGGGGCACGCAGGCUCUGGCGCCCUGCCCGCAAGGGCAACUUCGCGCGACCGCGCGGCGGCGCCCGAUCAAGAGGCAGCAGCCGGACCCGAAGCAGAAGGAGCCCGCCAACGUUCGAGGUCGGCUCCAAGACAAGCGCUGCAAACCUCCAUCGUGACCGAGAGGAUCAAGCGCAAGCAGGCCGACAAGGAGAUCCACUGGAGGGCCAUCAAGGACUCCGAUCGGGAGCUCUUCAGGGAGGCGGCCGCCAAGCAGUGGAGCGAGUGGCAGAAGUAUGGCUCUUGUCAGGUACUCUCCAUCGAGGACCUCAUCCUGCCCAGCCGGUUCGUGUACCGGGACAAGAACGCCCCGCUGCGGACCGACAAGCAUCCGCUGCCGGUCAAGGCGAAGGCCCGACUCUGCGUCGGGGGUCACAUGGACCCGCGCCUCGCUCAGGGCGACCUGCGCACGGACGCGCCCACGGUCGCCCGCAACUCGACCAUGCUGUUCUUCACCAUCUGCCAGAGGUUCGACCUGGAGAUCUACGCAGCGGACGUGGAGGCGGCUUUCAUGCAAGGCGACGAGCAGCCCGACCAGCAGCUGUACAUGGCCCAGCCUCGCGAAGGUCUGCCUGGGCUCAACCCGAAGCAGCUGAUCAAAAUCCUCAAAGGAGCUUUCGGGCUGGCGACGGCACCGAGACAGUGGCGGGCGAAGCUCAAGAGGACCUUGCUCGCGGUGGAGAAAAAGCUGAGCGACAACUACGUGUUUCGCCUACACCAGCACUCGCUGGACCCAGCGCUGUACUACGGCUACGACCAGCACGGGGAGCUCUGUGCGGUGGUGGUCGCCCACGUGGACGACUUGCUGCUGGGGAUCUCGCACAAGUACCCGGGCCUCUACGACAGGCUUCAUAAGCUGUUGCCCUGGGGCGACUGGCGAGGCUUGCCUUUUACCUUUUGCGGCAAGCAGGCCUGGCGAGAUCAAGAAGGAGUGCUACAUCUACGGCAGACCGAGUACGCGAACACCAUCGAGGAGAUUCCGCUCAGCAAGGAGCGCAAGACGGAACUGUCGUCAGAUGCUACGCCAGCUGAGUUCUCGGACAACCGCUCCGCACUCGGAGCGCUCGGGUGGCUUUCAUCGCAGACUCGUCCCGACCUGGCAGCUGGAGUGGCCAUGGGGCAGCGAACCCAGAACAAGCCCACCGUCCAGGACUUGCUCGAGACGAACAGGCUCAUCAAGCUGGCGCGGAAGCACGCGGACGUGGGUUUGGAGUUCCCUAAGUUACGUGGACCUCUGUGCCUGGUGACGUUCCACGACGCCAGUUGGGCCAACGCUGAUGAGCCAGCUGAAGGCGCCAUCUCCAAGUUGCUCGCGAAGACCGUGGGAGCAACCAGUAAGGACAAGAAGAUCAAGAUUCGCUCGCAGGCCGGCUACGUGACUUUUCUCGCAGAAGUCAAGCUACUACGCGGAGGUCGAGCUCGAGCAGGGAUCGUUGAUUGGAGAUCGGGCACCAUCAAGAGAGUUUGCAAAUCUACGUUGGCAGCCGAGACGGUGUCGGCAGUAGACGCUCUAGGCUGUGCUCAGAUUACACGCUGUGUUUUCGCUUCGCUAGAGAUUCCGGAUGCCCAUCCAGAGGACAUCCCGCCGAGUCUGUUGCCGCUCGCUCAGGUCACAGAUUGCGCCAGCUUGUACGAUACGAUGCGCAAAGACGGUUAUUCCAAGCUCCCGUCAGAGCGGCGCCUUUUGCUCGACCUAGUGGGCCUCAAGGAGUCACUAGAAGAGGAAGUUAGCAACGAGUUCGUCGCUGACGAUCAGCGCAGCCAGCUAUCUCUCUUUUGGGUUCCGACUGAUCAACAGCUAGGUGAUCAGUUCACCAAGCGAUCGGACGGCAGUGCCAUCAGGGCAGUGCUGCGAGACACACGCCUCGCUUUGCAGCAUCAAGAGCCGACUGACCAGACAGAGAGCAUGAGGCACACCUGA